CAUAUUGAAGUUCGAGGAAACGAGGAAUUCUAUCUCGGAAGAAAUCCUGCACUCUGCCGACAUCACUGGCUGGAUAGAUGCAUCUCAAAUCGACACCUUCGAAUACACUGCGUCUUAUACGAACAAGACCCUGUAGCCGGUAUUCCGCCUUUCGUCUACGCUACUGAUGUCUCGACCAAUGGCACUUACUUAAAGAAAAGCAAUACUGAAUGUGCGAGCUCUCAAGGCCCAUGGAUUCAGAUGGGUCGAAAGAAUGGCUCCUUUCUCCUGGAUGAUGGAGAUGAGCUACAGAUCUCAGACUUCGUGACGCUGAUCUAUUGCUCACUCGUUCCUGUGAAAGAAACUGAACUGAGCCCAGUGCAACAGCGAGAAAAGAAGCUUUUUGCGCCUCGAUAUCUGAUAACUGGUCGCGUUCUCGGCAUAGGCGGGUAUGGGAAAGUCAUGGUGGCUAUUAAACAGAAGACACAGCGCCAGCUUGCUUGCAAAGUCAUUGAUCUCCGUCAUCUAUAUUCACGUCUUCCGCUUUCCAGUUCAAAGUUGCCGACAUCAAACUCCGAGAGGCGAAAGAGAUGGCCAACGAGGGUGAACAAGUGCUUUCGAGAGUUUGACAUUCUAAAGGAUCUAAACCAUGCAAAUAUCAUCAGUCUUGAGAAAGUGUUCUGGAGUUCCAACAGCAUCUAUAUAUUCCAGGAACUUGUCACCGGUGGCGAUCUCUUCUCCUACAUCGAGUACAAAGGAGGCCGUCUUUGCGAUGUUGAGGCUGCCGUCAUCGUAAGGCAAAUCUUGAAGGGCGUUGAGUAUCUCCACGAGCAUGACAUCGUCCACCGAGACCUCAAGCCGGACAAUAUAUUGAUGACUUCCCUCGACGACGGAGCUCGGGUUGUUAUCACUGAUUUUGGGAAUGCCAGGUUUCUUCCAAGGGAGUCAAAUACGACAUCCUUUAAAGCAUCCCAGAAACAACGGAUGUACUCUCUUGCUGGGACGUAUGAGUUCACCGCACCCGAAAUUCACAAGGCCAACAAGACUAUCCCUGCUGAACAUGGGUACUCUAAGGCCGUGGAUAUGUGGUCAGUCGGAUCUAUUACCGUGGCCCUCCUUUCAGGUGAUGUUCUGUUCACCAAUCGAGCUCAUCCUGCGUAUGAACGAAACCCAGGCAAGGUCAUUCUCUCUCUUGCCUCCAAGUGCGAUCUCCGUAUUCUUGACGAUCAAUAUGAUCAAAUAUGGAGUAAGGUAGGGUCACGGCCGAAGGACUUCAUCAAGAGUCUUCUUAUCCUUCAGGAAGAAGAUCGCAUGUCAGCUACUGAAGCCUUAGCUCAUCCAUGGUUUUCGAACCAAUACCACGCUGCAGAAUUUGAUGCUCUUUAUGAGAGAGCAAUCCGAGACUGGCAGCCUCGCCGUAGAGUGUUCAGGUUGGUUGAAUCUAUCUCG